CAAAUUUGAAAUUUUCUUCCAUUUAAUCAGCUGAGUUUAAACAGGCAACAUAUUCCAGUCAGGAGGACAACAUGAUUCCUCACGGGUUUCCAAAAAAAAACAAAAAACAAAAAAAAAAACAAAAAACAAAGUGGAAACACCAUUGAGUGUCAGGGAACUUAUAUUAUAGUAGCCUACUUAUGCUACUGUAAAAGCUUUGGAUUCGCGUUUAGAAUCUCAAAUCAUACCGGCUGAUCAGAUUUGACUUCUGGAAAACGAUAUGCUAUCGCUAGUCGAUUAUGCUAGGCAUAUGAAAUGCAUCGUUCCUGGGUAUUAAGGGCAUGUUUCAGGUUAAAUUGGGAAAGCAUGAGACCACUUCCACUGCCGGAGCGCUGAGUCCCUCUAACAUCAGCUGAGUUUUUGCGGCGAAUUUUGAAAAUGACGCAAGGGAUGAUCGCGACCAAUCAGAUCCCAGAACGGAGAUUGACAUGUAAAUGAUUUUGCCUUUUAAGGGCAAGUCUCCGCCCUCUUCAAGUCCAUGCUUGUCCCCCCCGAGAGCGCUGGAGCCACGGAACCCGAGAGAAGGUGCGCUCCGCUGGGACAGAGAAGGCAUAAAGAGACGGGGAGGGAGGGAGGGAAUGAGAUUUCUUGCUACCCAAUCCCUCUUUUCCCCAGGGACAGCAAGCCUUCCCUGGUCCAUCCCUCCCUCUUGUUUGGUAAUCAUUUCAUUUUACUCCUUUUUGAAGCAGUCGUCCGUUUUAUCCCACUUUUCAUUUCACAAUCCCGUGCGCGUCUGUUCGCCUUCUUCUUCAGAGCAAGUUCCCGUUCUCCCCUCUUUCUCCCCGCGACGAGAAGGUCUGCUUGAUCCCGGCUGAUCGUUUCCUUUGAGAUGCUCCACAGCUCUUGCCUUCUCUCCACCCUCUUUUAACUAGAGACCGGUUAAUCUUGAGUGAACUGAACUUGGGUUUGGAAUCUAAAAGAAAGAGGAACACCCAAAGGGAUACGGCAGCGCGUCUUUGGAUAAGGACCUCUUUCCUCUUGUUGCACUUUGGGGAAGAUUUUUUCCCUUUCAGUUGGUUUUUGUUAAUCCAGGUGGUGCAGGAGGAUUAUUCCACUCGAGCUGGUGUUGAGAGACAUCCCCUAGAAGGCUAUUUUCAUGUUCUCCAUCCAGGACGGUCUCCCACGGGGAGCCUUGACCAUGAAAGAAGAGCCCCUUACGAGUGGCAUGACGCCGGUGCGCUCUUGGAUGCAGAGCGCGGGGAUACUGGAUGCCAACACAGCUGCGCAAAGUGGUGUGGGUUUGGCAAGAGCCCAUUAUGAGAAACAGCCUCCCUCGAACCUGCGCAAGUCAAACUUCUUUCACUUCGUUCUGGCCCUGUAUGACCGGCAGGGACAGCCUGUUGAGAUCGAGAGAACCUCCUACGUGGACUUUGUGGAAAAAGACAAAGAAUACAAUGGCGAGAAGACCAACAAUGGCAUCCACUACAGGUUACAGCUUCUCUACAGCAACGGUAUCAGGACAGAACAGGAUCUGUAUGUUCGAUUAAUAGACUCCAUGACUAAACAGGCAAUCCUUUAUGAAGGCCAAGACAAAAACCCAGAGAUGUGCCGUGUUCUCCUCACCCAUGAGAUCAUGUGCAGCCGGUGUUGUGACAAGAAGAGCUGCGGGAACCGAAACGAGACGCCAUCUGAUCCUGUCAUCAUCGACAGAUUUUUCCUGAAAUUCUUUCUCAAGUGUAAUCAGAACUGUUUGAAAAAUGCAGGGAAUCCCCGAGACAUGAGGCGAUUUCAGGUGGUGGUGUCCACCACAGUGAAUGUGGACGGCCAUGUGCUGGCCGUGUCAGAUAACAUGUUUGUCCACAACAACUCCAAACAUGGCCGGAGGGCGCGACGCCUGGACCCUUCUGAAGCAGCCACUCCAUGCAUUAAGGCCAUCAGUCCCAGUGAGGGAUGGACGACUGGGGGGGCCACCGUCAUCAUCAUUGGGGACAACUUCUUUGACGGUUUACAAGUGGUCUUCGGGACAAUGCUAGUUUGGAGUGAACUCAUCACACCUCACGCUAUCCGGGUGCAGACGCCCCCUAGACACAUCCCUGGGGUCGUGGAGGUCACACUCUCCUACAAGUCCAAGCAGUUCUGCAAAGGAGCUCCGGGACGUUUCGUCUACACAGCUCUGAACGAACCCACCAUAGACUACGGCUUCCAGAGGCUACAAAAGGUCAUCCCUCGUCACCCUGGAGACCCGGAGAGGUUACCUAAGGAGGUUCUUCUGAAAAGAGCCGCAGACCUGGUGGAGGCACUGUAUGGAAUGCCUCAUAACAAUCAGGAGAUCAUUUUAAAGCGUGCUGCAGACCUGACGGAGGCGCUGUACAGCGUGCCUCGGAGCCAUAACCAGUUGCCCUCGCUGACAGGCUCCGGCGCUCACUCGGGCAUGAUGGGAGUUAACUCUUUCAGCAGCCAGCUCGCCGUCAACAUCUCUGAGGCCUCACAGGGAGACCAAGGUUACUCUCGUAACUCAAACAGUGUGUCCCCUCGCGGGUACGUGCCGAGCUCCACACCCCAGCAGUCCAAUUACAACACCAUCACCUCCACCAUGAAUGGAUAUGGAGCCGGGAUGACCAACCUGGGCGUCCCUGGAUCCCCAAGUUUCCUCAACGGAUCCGCCGCCAACUCUCCUUACGCAAUCAAACAGAAGAGCGCCUUCGCGCCUGUCGUCCGGCCACAGACCUCCCCGCCCCCCACCUGCACCAGCACCAAUGGGAGCAGUCUACAGGCUAUGGCCGGUCUGAUUGUCCCUCCCAUGUGAAGAGGAACCUCUAAGGCUUCACUGAGCCCACAACAAACUCACUGGCUCACCAAAUCUGUCUGACACUCUCUUAUCGAACAUCACCAGUCCUACGAGGAGCUGCCCGAAAAGAACAUCUACACCUGGAUCGCUAAAAAAAAAAAGAAAAAAAAGAAAAGUGUACCUGGCCUGCAAAUGUCCCAUGUCCUCAAAUGUCAAUAGAUGUGUUUGUUUUGCUCUCUAUGACUUCAUCCUUUGAGACUCGCCAUACCGGGUGGCAUAAAAGCUGGAUAUUAUCGCAAUGUGAAUGAGAAGCCAAGGUUUUGAUACGUUCACGGCCGUAGGGGCUUCUUUGCAUGGCUGAUGUUGUCUGUAGACUGUCCGUUUCAUACUGUAUAUCUGUCCUGUUUCCACUGUGAGAAGAGAGAUGCCACUCAUCCAGAUGGGACUGUGACGACUCAAAAUGCCAUUUGGAAACCACUCAUUCCUAAUUACGAAAUGCAACAUAAAGCUGAUGCAAUUUCCUUUCGCUUUUGUUUCAAACCAUCAAAUGAGAACACAAACAAAUGAUCCCAGACUGAAGAGCGCGAUAUUUAGUAAUCAUCAGGAUGAUGAUGGAUGUCAGUCAUUUUUACUCAUACUGUUUCUGUAGUUCCUGUAUAGUUCCAGGUGUGUGGAUAGGUAGAUUUAAGCCAGGAAUGCUUUCUGCAGUUUUAAUCACAUUUAGGUACCAGACUUAUUGUUGAACUUCUUAUUGUGCUUUUUUGUAUGUAUUUAUACAAGUUUGUUUGUUUUGGGAUUUCUUCGGUGAGUUAGGCCUGAAUAAUAGUAUCAAAUAUCUAUGUCAACACAUUUGAUGUCUUAAUACCUUUUAGAUAUUGUAAAAAGAGUGAAAAAUAAAAGCGAUUACAAUUUUUUUGUAAAAACAAAAAUGACAAUGACAAGAAAAAAAAAAAAAAAAAAAAGGUCUGGACAUGACCAAGACACCUGUUUUUUAAAAGCAGGAUGCAAAGCUCCACCGCUUUUGUAAAAAAAAAAAGAAAAAGAAAAAAAACUUUUUUCAAUCGUAUAUUUAAUGUUUUCUUUUUGCAAAAAGCAUUUGUGUUCUUGUUCCCCCCUCUUGUCUCGUGUGUUCUCGUGAAACGUGUAUGAUCAUAGUUAUUUCCUAAUGCACUUUUUUUGUUGGGGCACUUACAAAAGCUAUGUAUGUUAGCAAGCAGAGCAAAAUAAUAAUAAAAAAAAAAAAAAAAAUUGAAAACCUA